UCUCCAUCUAUUUUCAGAAGGAGGUACUUUUCUACGAGUGUAGCGUUUUCGCAGCAAAACCAGUGAUGUUAAUCUUUUAGUUAUAAAUUUUGUAAAUUGAUUCCUUCCUAUAGUGAAAAAGUCACCGAAAUAUAAAACAAUUCUCGUGACAGUGCAACAUUUAAGAACUAUAUUGUGCAUAGCGUUAAAAUGCGUCUUGUUUCAUAGUCGAAACGGAUGGUGAGCGAUGGCGAGACUACGGUGAUGGAUUUUUGGUGUUAAAUUUUACUCCGUGUCAUCACUGCUUUGGUUUUUGAUUACCCAUAGGAGGGACGAUUACCGUUUUGAUUCGAUGUUUUUCGUGUUGUAAUGAGUAAAUCUCUGAAAUAUCUUUGACGGUUUUUGUCGAGAAUUAUAUUGUCAUUGACGGACCGGCUGAUAUUACACGAGGCUUGUAUGUAUAUGUGACUUCUGCCUUCUGCUAUUCGUGACACGCCUCACAAAAUAAGUCUAAAUUUUCGAACCGAAUUAUUAUUUUCUGUAUUUGUGUUAUUUUAGUGUUAUAGACGUAUUAAAAUUACGUAACUGUUGUGGAAUCUUGAAGUGUAUAAAGAAUGGCUUGAGUGUGAUCACUCCAUUACCGUCAUGUGUGACGAAGGAAUGUUUGUUUAGGCUCUAAUAUUGUGCUCCGACCUUACGGAAAGUGCGCGUUCGUCUCGUGGACUGGGCCAGAUCAUGACACUAUCCGAAACAAAACAAAUUUCGCAUUGAUCACUGUCUACUUGUUAUCAUUUGGGACACUUUUACAUUGUCAAAAUGUCUUCGGGAACGUUUGUGGACAGGAUUGAUCCUUUCGCCAAAAGAUCGUUGAAGAAAAAGACCAAAAAAUCUCAGGGAUCGUCUCGGUACCGCAAUACGCAGGAUGUGGAGUUGCAAGCCCUGCCACUGCUAAAAGAUGUUCCCAGCAGCGAGCAAGAGGAACUGUUUAUUCGAAAGCUCAGACAAUGCUGUGUGGCUUUUGACUUCAUGGAUCCUGUUGCUGACCUGAAAGGCAAGGAGAUCAAACGGGCCACUCUCAACGAGCUGGUUGAGUACAUCACUGGUGGUCGCGGUGUGCUCACUGAGCCUGUCUACCCAGAGAUUAUAAAAAUGAUAUCGGCCAACUUAUUCCGCACUUUACCGCCAAGCGAAAAUCCUGAUUUUGACCCUGAGGAGGAUGACCCGACUUUGGAGGCGUCCUGGCCUCACCUUCAACUAGUCUACGAGUUCUUCCUGCGCUUCCUUGAGUCAACUGAUUUUCAACCCACUAUUGGCAAAAAAGUCAUUGACCAAAAAUUUGUACUGCAGCUUUUAGAUUUGUUCGAUUCAGAAGACCCGCGUGAGCGAGAUUUUCUGAAAACGGUGCUCCAUCGCAUCUAUGGCAAGUUCUUGGGCUUGCGAGCAUUCAUACGAAAACAAAUCAACAAUAUAUUUUUGCGAUUUGUCUACGAAACUGAACAUUUUAACGGUGUGGGAGAACUGCUAGAAAUAUUGGGAAGUAUAAUAAACGGUUUCGCCCUGCCCCUGAAGAGCGAGCACAAACAGUUCCUGGUGAAGGUGUUACUGCCGUUGCACAAGGUGAAGUGUCUGUCGCUGUACCACGCGCAGCUCGCCUACUGCGUCGUGCAGUUCCUGGAGAAGGACGCCACGCUCACCGAGCCCGUGGUGCGAGGGCUGCUGAAGUUUUGGCCGAAAACGUGUUCACAGAAAGAGGUGAUGUUUUUGGGUGAAAUUGAGGAAAUACUGGACGUGAUUGAGCCUGCACAAUUUGCAAAAAUACAAGAGCCCUUGUUCAGACAAAUAGCGAAAUGUGUGUCCAGUCCCCAUUUUCAGGUUGCUGAAAGGGCAUUAUAUUUUUGGAAUAAUGAAUACAUUAUGUCUUUAAUGGAAGAGAAUAACCAUGUUAUUAUGCCAAUAAUGUUUCCUGCUUUAUAUCGAAUUAGUAAGGAGCACUGGAAUCAGACUAUUGUUGCGCUUGUCUAUAAUGUGCUUAAGACCUUUAUGGAGAUGAAUUCAAAACUCUUUGACGAACUAACUGCUAGCUACAAAGCAGAACGGCAGAAAGAGAAGAAGCGAGAGAAGGAGCGCGACGAAUUGUGGAAGCGGCUGGGCGAGCUGGAGAUCGGCCACAAGCGGCAGGCCGCCGCCCCGCUCGCCCCGCUCGCCAAGUGAUGUCCCCGACCACGAUAUCCUCCAUCCACAUCCUAGAAUAAUGCGAUCGUUCUCACUUCAGUUAUGUAUUCAUAUUUUGCAAUUCGAUUACAUUUUUGUUAAUGAUGUUAUUCAUUUUUUAUACCUCAGAAGAUUCAUUCGCUCGGGUAUUAAAUUGAUAUAUCUUUAAAUUCGGUUCGCUCCCGAAGGCCGCGGCUGCACUCGUGUUCGGUGUGUCUCUAAAAAUUAUUGUAGUGCAAUUUUAAGUGUCCAACCCCUGAAUGCACUGUCUUACAUUACUUUACGACUAUUUCAAUCUACAUAGGGUACUAGUUUAAUUUAGGAUUUUUUAAAUAUUGUUAAAUUGUUUAAAUAAGUUUAAAGUUAUAUGUAUUAUUAUUGAUGCAUGGACGUAUGAUGUAUUGCAUUUGGAUCACUGGUAUAUUGCAUUAAUUGGGCACCCAGAUUUUGACAGAAUAUGAUUGUACAAAAAAGAAUAAUAAAAUGAAAAAUAUACUUUGUUUAGUAUACGGGCCCCGAUGCGGAUGACCCGGCCAAAGGUACGGCGGCAGAACGCAUUGCCCGCACGCGGCCGCCAUUCGCAACGAGGCCACUCGUAGAUUGUUGUAUAAAAUUAUUGUUUAAUAAUUAGAUGCUGGAUUCAAAAAAUGUAAUUUGUCUUACCACCAUUUUGUAUAGUUACAUAGUGUAAAUAGGCAUUUAUUUAUUAUAAAUUUAUAGCAGUGUGAUUUUUAUACAUAGCUGCGGGAAUGGGACACCGCAAUUGGUCAAAAACAGUCAGAGCGAACUGGUGACAUCAUGUAUCAGGCAUACAACUCGAAAAAGAAUAUGAUUUGGAGCAUAUUGGAGUAGAUCAGUGCUAACAAGUAGAUAUGAUAAUUUUUAAGAGAAUAGUCAUUAAUUUGUAUGAUAUUACUGUAGUAAUUAAUUUUUUCUAUCAUCCACUGUAGAGCUGUGUGGGCUGCGCAGGCGCGAGUAGUGGCGAGUAGUGGCGAGUAGUCGCGAGCAGUCGCGAGUAAUGUGAGUGAGAGUGAGCGCGUGGUCUCCGCGCUCGUGCUCUGCUCCGUGCGAGCUGCCCGCCGCGCCCGCGCUCUGUAUAUACUGUAUACUGUAUACCGAGUAUGAGUAACGAUGCCACUCGAACUAGCGCCAUGGCGCUCUAUGGCGUGUGUACGUAUGUACACUAUGGAGAUGUUCGUUAUUAAACAUGUAUUAAUAUUGCAAGGAGUAUAAUAUGUUUCAUAAAUAUAAAUUACUAUUAUAGAACGCAGUACAGUAUAAAAUAAAUAUUGUAACUCGCAUGAAUUGAAUUCUUUAAGUAAAGUAUGUUUAAGCGUAGGCGCCCCGCGGUGACUGUAGCAAGCGCCGGCCUCGCUCGCCUGUGGUCUCCGACUCUGUUCUCCACAGCUGAUGUUCCCUUGUGAUUACUCAGUUGCGCAAACUGCAUUGAAAAUACACACGAGAUUUUCACACUA